CCCACAGCAGCACCAAGAGCAAGGACAAUCAAGAUGAAAUUUCCGACUGAGAAUCCAAGAAAACCAGGGAACAUGAACCCUCCACCAGUGGCAGUCCAGACCAACCUGGUCCCCCCCAAAAAGGUGCAGCCAGGCAUGCUUCAGUCCAGCCUGGUGCAGGCCAGCGUGGCCACCAUGCAGAACCCGAUGGGCUGUGCUCUGCCGCGGCUCUCUGUUUCCUCCCGUCCACCCAGCAUGGUAGCUAACAUGGAGGCGGUGGCUGAUGGUUCAGCCCCUUUCACCAUGAUGAAGCUACAGACAGUACUGGCAGUGUUCGUGGUGGUGGUGGCCUACCUGGUGGCAGGGGGCUUGGUAUUCCGAGCACUGGAGCAGCCCUUUGAAAACAACCAGAAGAUCACCAUUACAGCAGAGAAGGCAGCCUUCCUGCAGAAACACCCAUGUGUGUCCCCGGAUGACCUAGAAGCUGUCAUCAAGCACUCUGUGGAGGCUGUGAAUGCCGGAGUGAAUCCUAUCGGUGAUACCUCCUACAACUCCAGCCACUGGGAUCUGGGUAGUGCUUUCUUCUUUGCUGGAACUGUCAUCACAACCAUAGCUAUAUGGACAUCAUCUGCAUAGCCUUGUUCUGGAAUGGGGGAUAUCACGCCAGGGGGGCACAUCCACUUUAACCACUGGUUGAUGGCAAUUACAAAAUUAAUUGCACUCCAAGGACAGACA